CACAUUACACAUAUGAAGGUGUGGACUCUGCUAUGAGUCAGUGUGAGGACAGAGAGGAGGGAGUCCCUCCCCCUAAACCCCCUCUGUGGGGGGACCAUGACAGCCAGACCAAAGCUCAGAGCCCAGAGAAGCAGCACGGACCUGGACCUGGAUCUGGACCCAGCUGUGUGUCCAUGAAGAGUGACCGGUCUAUGGCUCUUCCUGUAUUCUUCAAAGAUGGAUGCCUCUCUGAUGAUCAAAGGAUCCAUCAGAGACCAGACUGUCCUGAACCUGAUCCCAGCUGUGUGUCCAUGAAGAGUGACCGGUCUAUGGAUUGUCCUGUAUUCUUCAAAGAUGGACGCCACUCUGAUGAUCAAAGGAUGAAUCUGGAAGAACCUGAUCCCAGCUGUGUGUCCAUGAAGAGUGACUGGUCUAUGGAUAAACCUUUAGGAUUCAAAGAUGGACGCCACUCUGUUGAUCAAAGUGUUUCCUCUCCAGAUGAAGGUGUGGACUCUGCUAUGAGUCAGUGUGAGGACAGAGAGGAGGGGGUCCCUCCCCCUAAACCCCCUCUGUGGGGGGACCAUGACAGCCAGACCAAAGCUCAGAGGAUCCAUCAGAGACCAGACUGUCCUGAACCUGGACCCAGCUGUGUGUCCAUGAAGAGUGACUGGUCUAUGGAUCGUCCUAUAGACUUCAAAGAUGGACGCCACUCUGUUGAUCAAAGUGUUUCCUCUCCAGAUGAAGGUGUGGACUCUGCUAUGAGUCAGUGUGAGGACAGAGAGGAGGGGGUCCCUCCCCCUAAACCCCCUCUGUGGUGGGACCAUGACAGCCAGACCAAAGCUCAGAGUCCAGAGAAGCAGCACGGACCUGGAUCUGGACCCAGAACCAGACUCAGACCUGGAUCUGUACCUGCACCCGAACCCAGCUGCUUGUCCUUCAAGAGUGACCAUUCAAAGGAAUUUUAUCUUACUUUUAAACAGGAUAAAAAGAUCCAUCAGGGACCAGACUGUCCUGGACCUGGACCCAGCUGUGUGUCCAUGAAGAGUGACCAGUCUAUGGGUUGUCCUGUAGUCUUCAAAGAUGGACGCCAGUCUGCUGAUGAAAGGAGGGAUCUGGAAGAACCUGGACCCAGCUUUGUGUCCAGGAAGAGUGACGGGUCUAUAGAUAUACCUGUAGACUUCAAAGAUGGAUGCCACUCUGUUGAUCAAAGGAGGAAUCUGGAAGAACCUGAACCCAGCUGUGUGUCCAUGAAGAGUGACUGGUCUAUGUAUGAACCUUUAUACUUCAAAGAUGGACGCCACUCUGUUGAUCAAAGUGUUUCCUCUCCAGAUGAAGGUGUGGACUCUGCUAUGAGUCAGUGGGAGGACAGAGAGGAGGGAGUCCCUCCCCCUAAACCCCCUCUGUGGGGGGACCAUGACAGCCAGACCAAAGCUCAGAGCCCAGAGAGGCAGCACAGACCCGGACCUGGACCUGGACCCGGACCCGGACCCAAACCUGUGUCCUUCAAGAGUGACAACUCAAAGGACUUCGUCCUUUAUUUUAAACAAAGAUAUGACAAAAAGAGGAAUCUGGAAGAACCUGGACCCAGCUGUGUGUCCAUGAAGAGUGACGGGUCUGUAGACUUCAAAGAUGGACGCCACUCUGUUGAUGAAAGGAGGAAUCUGGAAGAACCUGAACCCAGCUGUGUGUCCACGAAGAGUGACGGGUCUAUGGGUCCUCCUUUAAAGUUCAAAGAUGGACGCCACUCUGUUGAUCAAAGUGUUUCCUCUCCAGAUGAAGGUGUGGACUCUGCUAUGAGUCAGUGUGAGGACAGAGAGGAGGGGGUCCCUCCCCCUAAACCCCCUCUGUGGGGGGACCAUGACAGCCAGACCAAAGCUCAGAGCCCAGAGGAGCAGCACAGACCUGGACCUGGACCUGGACCCAAACCUGGACCUGGACCCAGCUGUGCAUCCUUCAAGAGUGACGACUCAAAGAAAAAUUAUAUUAAUUUUAAACAACGAUAUGACAAUAAGAGGAAUCUGGAAGAACCUGAACCCAGCUGUGUGUCCAUGAAGAGUGACCGGUCUAUGGGUCCUCCUUUAUACUUCAAAGAUGGACGCCACUCUGUUGAUCAAAGAGUGGACCAGGAGAGCUCAGAGGGUCCCAGUGGUCAGUCUGCCCAGCAGCAUCAAACCCACCUGGACUCAAUCUUUAUGCUGCUGGAGGACGACAUCGUCACUUUUGUGAAGAACGAGCUGAAGAAGAUCCAAAAGGUUCUGAGUCCAGAUUACCCAGAAUGCUUAGAGAGCCAAAGGGAGGAUGAGGAGGUGUCUGACGGUGAGGAUGAAGAGCAGAGGAGGAGCAGCAGAGAGGCAUUUCUGAAGAUCACACUGCACUUCCUGAGGAGAAUGAAGCAGGAGGAGCUGGCUGACCGUCUGCAGAGCAGAAGUUAUCAUGGAGUUUGUAAGCGUAAACUCAAAUCUAACCAGCAGAAGACGUUCCAGUGUAUGUUUGAGGGGAUUGCUAAAGCAGGAAACCCAACCCUUCUGAAUCAGAUGUUCACAGAGAUCUACCUCAUGGAGGGAGGGGCUGCAGAGGUCAAUGAUGAACAUGAGGUCAGACAGAUUGAAACAGCAUCCAGGAAACCAGACAGACCAGAAACAACCAUCAGACAAGAAGACAUCUUUAAAACCCCACCUGGAAGAGAUGAACCAAUCAGAACCGUGAUGACAAAGGGAGUGGCUGGCAUCGGGAAAACAGUCUUAACACAGAAGUUCACUCUGGACUGGGCUGAAGGCAAAGCCAACCAGGACAUCCAGUUCACAUUCCCAUUCACCUUCAGAGAGCUGAAUGUGUUGAAAGAGAGAAAGUUCAGCUUGGUGGAACUUGUUGAUUACUUCUUUAGUGAAACCAAAGAAGCAGGAAUCUGCAGGUUUGAAGAGGUCGUCUUCAUCUUUGACGGUCUGGAUGAGUGUCGACCUCCUCUGGACUUCCUCAAAACUGAGAUCCUGACUGAUGUUACAGAGUCCACCUCAGUCGGUGUGCUGCUGACAAACCUCAUCAGGGGAAAACUGCUUCCCUCUGCUCGCCUCUGGAUAACCACACGACCUGCAGCAGCCAAUCAGAUCCCUCCUGGGUGUGUUGACAUGGUGACAGAGGUCAGAGGGUUCACUGACGCCCAGAAGGAGGAGUACUUCAGGAAGAGAUUCAGAGAUGAGGAGCAGGCCAGCAGAAUCAUCUCCCACAUCAAGAGAUCACGAAGCCUCCACAUCAUGUGCCACAUCCCAGUCUUCUGCUGGAUCACUGCUACAGUUCUGGAGGACAUGUUGAAGACCAGAGAGGGGGGAGAGCUGCCCAAGACCCUGACUGAGAUGUACAUCCACUUCCUGGUGGUUCAGUCCAAAGUUAAGAACAUCAAGUAUGAUGGAGGAGCUGAGACAGAUCCACACUGGAGUCCAGAGAGCAGGAAGAUGAUGGAGUCUCUGGGAAAACUGGCUUUUGAGCAGCUGCAGAAAGGCAACCUGAUCUUCUAUGAAUCAGACCUGACAGAGUGUGGCAUCGAUAUCAGAGCAGCCUCAGUGGUCUCAGGAGUGUUCACACAGAUCUUUAAAGAGGAAAAAGGACUGUACCAGGACAAAGUGUUCAGCUUUGUCCAUCUGAGUGUUCAGGAGUUUCUGGCUGCUCUUCAUGUCCAUCUGACCUUCACCAACUCUGGAGUCAACCUGCUGGCAGAAGAACAAACAUCCUUAAGCCAGUGGUUUCUAUUUAGAAACAAACCCGAACCAACAAUCUUGCACCAGAGUGCUGUGGACAAAGCCUUACAGAGUCCAAAUGGUCACUUGGACUUGUUCCUCCGCUUCCUCCUGGGUCUUUCACUGCAGACCAAUCAGAGUCUACUACGAGGUCUGAUGACACAGACAGGAAGUAGCUCAAAGACCAAACAGAAAACAGUGGAGUACAUCAAGAAGAAGAUCAGUAAGGAUCUGUCUGCAGAGAGAAGCAUCAAUCUGUUCCACUGUCUGAAUGAACUGAAUGAUCGUUCACUAGUGGAGCAGAUCCAACAGUCCCUGAGUUCAGGAAGUCUCUCCACAGAUAAACUGUCUCCUGCUCAGUGGUCAGCUCUGGUCUUCAUCUUACUGUCAUCAGAAAACGAUCUGGACGUGUUUGACCUGAAGAAAUACUCUGCUUCAGAGGGGGCUCUUCUGAGGCUGCUGCCAGUGGUCAAAGCCUCCAACAAAGCUCUGCUGAGUGGCUGUAACCUGUCAGAGAGAAGCUGUGAAGCUCUUUCCUCAGUUCUCAGCUCCCAGUCCUCUAGUCUGAGAGAGCUGGACCUGAGUAACAACAACCUGCAGGAUUCAGGAGUGAAGGUGGUGUCUGCUGGACUGAAGAGUCCCCACUGUAGACUGGAAAUUCUCAGUCUGUCAGGCUGUCUGGUCUCAGAGGAAGGCUGUACUUCUCUGGUCUCAGCUCUGAACUCCAACCCCUCCCAUCUGAGAGUGCUGGACCUGAGCUACAAUCAUCCAGGAGACUCAGGAGUGAAGCUGCUGUCAGCUGGACUUAAGGACCCACACUGGAGACUGGACACUCUCAGGACGGACCAUGGUGGACCACAGAGACUGAGACCUGGUCUGAGGAAGUAUGUCUGUGAACUGGAACUGGACACAAACACAGUAUACAGAGGACUCAAACUGUCUGACAACAACAGGAAGGUGACAGGUGUGUUAGAGAAUCAGCCAUAUCCUGAUCAUCCAGAGAGGUUUGACUGGUGGGAACAGCUGCUGUGUAGAGAUGGUCUGACUGGUCGCUGUUACUGGGAGGUCGAGAGGAGAGGAGGGGUUGAUAUAGCAGUGAGUUACAGAGGAAUCAGGAGGAAAGGAGGCAGUAGAGACUGUUGGUUUGGACAAAAUGAUCAGUCCUGGAGUCUGAUCUGCUCUGAUGAUGGUUACUCUGUCUGUCACAAUACCAGAGAAACAGUCCUCCCGUCCUCCUCUGUCUCUAACAGAGUAGCAGUGUAUGUGGACUGUCCUGCUGGCUCUCUGUCCUUCUACGCAGUCUCCUCUGACUCACUGAUCCACCUCCACACCUUCUACACCACAUUCACUCAGCCUCUCUAUCCUGGGUUUAUGGUCUGGUUUGGUUCCUCAGUGUCUCUGUGUCCUCUGCGGGACUGAGAGUCUCUCCUGUGGACAGAAACCCUGACUGAAGAUCAGCUGCUGAAAUCAGAGUUCAGUCUGUUCACCAUCACCACUCUGCCCUGUGAAGCAGAUCUGUCUCAGACUCA